UUUGGACGGUCGUAGCAAGCAUGUCGACCGCGGGGAUGCGCUUCUGCAAGGAAUGCAACAACAUGUUGUACCCUAGCCAAGACCGCGAGCUCAAGCGGCUCACGUUCACGUGCCGCAACUGCGGGCACAACGAAGAGGUGCCCGAGUCGUGCAUCUACGCCAACGAGCUCGUCAAGGACUCGCGCGUCCAGCUCGAUGUGCUGCCGGAAGACAUCAUUGACGAUCCGACCCUCCAGCGCGACUACGACGUUGCGUGCCCCGAGUGCGGCGGCCAAGGCGCGGCGUUUAUCCGAUCGCAUGACGGCGUGAAGCAGUCGACGCUGGCGCUCAUUUGGAUUUGCCUCAACCGCGACUGCCAGCUCGACGAGCAUGGCAACCGACUGCCCACGCACCGAUGGAUGGAUUAGUACGUAUCGUCUUGCAACACGAGUUUGUCCUUUCCUCCCCCUGUCCUUGUUCAUACCGCGAUGGUGUGAAUACCACACGAAGACGACUACAAUAAACUGUGAAUGGUAGCAACGACUCCAUGCACACUCUA